AAUGCAUUUCGUAGAAAAUUCACGGUAAAUAAACUGAGUUUACUUGUAUGUGGAUUGAAAAAAGUCUUGACAAAAAAAAUGGGCACAUCAUAACGAAUGACGUGGAUACAAGUUAUGUUAGGUUAGGGUUAGAUAGAUAGGUGGCACCCGUGUGGCAAUAGUUUAAAAUUUCCGUGGGGAUAAUUGUUGAAUUGAUUCAUUACAAAGAUGUUUGAAAUUACGGACACACAAAAAAUCGGAGUAGGGCUAGCAGGAUUUGGGAUAACAUUCCUCUUCCUCGGCGUGUUGCUCCUCUUCGACAAGGGUCUUCUUGCCAUCGGAAACCUCCUGUUCAUUUCUGGCCUCGGAUGUGUCAUCGGACCUCUCAGAACUCUGAACUUCUUCUUUCAGCGACACAAAUUGAAAGGCAGUGCUGCAUUUUUAGGUGGUAUAUUUGUUGUACUUCUGGGCUGGCCCUUGGUUGGCAUGAUCAUUGAAACCUAUGGUUUCGUUAUUCUGUUUAGUGGAUUUUUACCAGUGGCAAUAAACUUCCUUCGAAGAGUACCGAUCCUUGGAACAUUUCUGAAUAUGCCAGGAAUAAGCCGAGUGCUAGACAUGCUGGCUGGUGACACAAACAGAACUACAGUAUGACCUUUUUAAGGUUACUUAAAAUAAAUUCGCUCAACCGCACUGAAUUGUAGGAUUAUUAAAAACAGUUUUAAUAAUCUUCGAGAGUUCGCGCAUACAUAACAAUGUAUUGACGUUUUGGAAAUAUGUAUAUUGUGGAC